AUGAUUUUAACCGUCUAUCGUGGGCAGCAAUUGCGUCGUUCGGAACUGAAUAAAUUAAUUCCCAAUACUGAUCAUCUCAUCUUUAAUAAUAGUUUUCUAUCCACCACGUUUAAUCGAGUACUCGCUCUCCUAUUUGCUGGCAGUGUCAGCUCUUCCAAUUCUGCCCUUUCUGUCUCCAUUCUAUUUGAAAUUGAAAUCGAUACAUCACACACAACUCGUCCAUAUGCUUAUAUUAACGGUAGUGGUGAUGAAGCUGAACUUAUUAUAACACCUGGCUUUGUAUUUCGUUUAUUAUCUGUUGAUAAAGACAACAACACUACUAUGUCUAAUGAACUUUGGCUAAUUAAACUAAAAUCAGCCGAUCAUACAGAAUUUCUGAGUGAAACAUCAACAUUAUUGAUCGGGGCCGGCCAGCCGGUCGUGAUAAGCUUUCUGCCUCUUUUUGUUGUUGUAAAAACAAAGUCACCUGAUGAAACCCUUGAGCAAGGUUGA